AUGCUUGAUGUAGCUGGUCUCCAGAAGGAAUCAAUAAUCGCAAUUUCAAACAAUUGUAAAAAACUUAAACGUUUAGAAAUUCUUGGUUGUGCUAUAGUACCAUCUGUUUUUGAUGAGUUAUCAAAAUUGCAAUGUCUUGAACAUCUAAACUUGGGUUUUGCAGAAAAUCUUAAAGAUAGUACAAUCACUGCGAUUGCUAAUAAUUGUAAAAACCUAAAAAGCUUAGAAAUCAAACGUUGCACGGGUCUUACUGAGACAGCUCUCGUUGCUUUAUCAAACUUGGAAAAUUUACAAAAGCUAGACGUAAGUUAUCUUGAUAUAAUUACAGACAGCUUUCUUAUCAAUUUGAAAGGAUUGAAAGAAUUGCAUUGUAAUGAAUGCAAGAAACUUACUAAUGCUGGUAUUAUUCAAUUUAUAAAAAAUAAUCCAGAUCUUGAACUUCUUAAUGUCCAUUGUAUUAACAAUAUAACAUUUGACAUGAUUAUUGCUGCUGAUCAGAGUUUACUUAAAAUGAGUGCAAAAAUAAUAUGUAUUGAGAAAGACCAACAAAUCUCUGAUGAUGGUGACAAAGAUGAAAAAGCUGUCAUCAAUUCACUGGAUUACGACUCAUUAGCAAAAAUCAUAAUGUUGUUGCCAAUACCAGAAAGAAUAAACAUGGAAAAAGAUGGUCCUUAUUAUGUAGAAAGAAUCCCUGUUGAAAAAUGGAUAAACUUUCAAAAUUUACAAUAUCUUGGUAUUUCUUGUGACAUGAUCCCUGACUUAGCAAAUACAAUUGUUGAAUAUUGCAAGAAUUUGAAACAUUUGAGAAUAACUAGUCACAAUAUAAUGGAUACUGCUUUUAAAAAGUUGACAGAGUUAAAAAAUCUUGAAUGUUUAAUAUUGGAUGGUAACUAUUCGCUCAAAGAGGAAUCAAUAAUCGUGCUAUCAAACAAUUGUAAAAAACUUAAACGUUUAGAUAUCGCUGACUGUAUAAUAGCACCAGCUAUUCGUGGUGACCCACUGUCUUCGCCACCUGUUCUUGAUGAAUUAUCAAAAUUACAAUGCCUUGAACAUCUAAACUUGAGUUUUGCAGAAAAUCUUAAAGAUAGUACAAUUACUGCUAUUGCUAAUAAUUGUAAAAACUUAAAAAGUUUAGAUAUCCAAGGAUGCUGUGCAAUUACGGAAACAUCUCUCGUUGUUUUGUCAGACUUAAAAAAUUUACAAAAACUUAAUGUAAGUUGUAUUGAUAUAAUUACAGACAGUUUUCUUAUGAAAUUGAAAGGAUUAAAAGAAUUUUAUUGUUAUGAAUGCAAAGAACUUACUAAUGCUGGUAUUAUUCAAUUUAUAAAAAAUAAUCCUGAUCUUGAAAUUCUUGAUGUCAGCUAUUAUACUGACAAUAUAACGAUUGACAUGAUUAUUGCUGCUGAUCAGGCAACUGAAAAUCGUACAAAUGGUAUUAUUUUACACAUAAAUUUAGAUAAUCGGUUAAUGAAAGAAGUCAAUAAUUAUUUGAAGCCAAUAAUUACAUCUCAAUGGUUAGUUGUUAAUAAAUUUUAUUAA